AUGCGCAGCAUCUUCGUCUGCGGCAAUGCAGCUUCUGCUGCUGGACUCACUGCAGCAGCAGUUCGAGAGACAGGCACGGGGGACCUCGUCGUCGAGGCAGGCGCGCUGGUGCUGGCCGACGGCGGCGUUUGCUGCAUCGACGAACUCGACAAAAUGGCUGCUGCUGCAGCAGCAACAGGAGACACUGCUGCUUUGAUUGAGGCCAUGGAGCAGCAAACUGUCACUGUCUCCAAGGCCUCCUGCUGCUGCUGCUUGCCCGCGAGAACCACCUUAAUUGCUGCUGCAAACCCCAAAGAAGGACGCCUAGAGUCAGCCUGCUGCUGCUGCUGCUGCUGCUGCUGCUGCUGCUGCUGCUGCUGUGGUUGGAGCUGCUGCUGCUGCUGCUGCACUUGUUGCUGUGAUGGUGCUGCUGCUGCUGACGACGACGACAACGAUGGCAACGCCGACACAAGCUUGCCCUUCCUGCUGCUGCUGCUGCUGCUGCUGCUGCUGCUGCUGCUGCAGUCCCCGGAAGCCGCUGACGGAAAACUUGAACUUGUCGGGGCCUCUUCUGUCCCGCUUCGAUCUUAUUUUUUUUCUCCACGACCGCCCCACAGCAGCAGCAGACGCGCAGCUUGCUGCUCACAUAUUUGCUUCCAGAAACGGGAAGCAGCCAGCAGCAGCAGCAGCAGCAGCAGCAGCAGCAGCAGCAGCCACGGCCCUCGGCAACGCUGCGGAGGAGCAGCAGCAAGGUUAUAA